UGCGUGACGUAACCUCUUUUCUCUUCCCUCGUUGGUUCGGCUUCCUAGGUCAUCCGGAAAGGGCUGCCGGGGCUCCUUCCUUUCUGCUCGCCGACGCCAUCAUGGUGUUCAAACGCUAUGUCCAGAUCGGCCGUGUCGCCCACAUCUCCUUCGGUCCCCAUGUGGGCAAACUUGUGGCGAUUGUCGAUGUCAUUGACCAGAACAGGGCUCUUGUAGAUGGUCCCUGCAGCGGUGUGAGGAGGCAGGCAAUGCCCUUCAAAUGCAUGCAGCUCACCGACUUUGUCAUCAAGUUUCCACACAGUGCACGCCAAAAAUGCGUCCGUGUUGCUUGGGAGAAGGCUAAUGUUAAUGAGAAAUGGACCCAAACAAGCUGGGCCAAGAGAAUCGAUGCCAGACAGAGGAAAGCAAAUAUGACAGACUUCGAUCGUUACAAGGUCAUGAAGGCAAAGAAAAUGAGGAACAAGAUUAUCCGACAUGAGAUGAAGAAACUUGUAAAGGAGUCCACCGGGUCUGCAAAGUCUGCCGAUUCUAAAAAGCCUGCCAAGCCUAAAAAGCCUACCAAGUCUGCAAAGACUACCAAGUCUGUCAAGAAAGAGAAAGCAUAAUCCUUUCUCUUAAUGGACAAAAUAAACACUUGAUUUAUAGACCCA